UGUACAUAUUUCGACAACUCCUGAUCGUAAUGGUCCAGUAUAUGCAACAAUGUGUCCAAGUAAGAGACUCAGAAGCGAUUGGACAUGGCGCAUUCGCGGCGUUCCGCUGGAUUGGACAAAAUCCUGUCUACAAUCCUUUUUCAACGAUUGGGAUUCUUCUAGUCAGCCAAUUAUCGUGUCUCUCGCCUGUGAGCUUGAUGGCGAAUUUCAGACAGGGACUAUCCUUUUCCAGAAUCUUUCUGACGAGCACCAAGAAGAUGCAGACGGUUGUAUUUCUUUGACGAGACCUGGUGGAGGUCACUUUACCGACGACUCGGCCAUGGUACUUGAUUAUCAUUUUGAAGGCAUCACAACCCUCCACGUCCCGGAGCCCGAGAGCCACAAAGUCGAUGUGAUUGCCAUAUCAGGUCUUGGUGGGCACGCUUUUGGGUCCUUUAAGGCGAAAGGGAAAGCAUAUAUGUGGCUACGAGACUCUCUCCCUAAAAGACUUGAAAUUGCUCGCAUCAUGGUUUAUGGUUAUCGGUUGGAUGUUGCGAAUAGCACCAGCAUCGAGACUAUAGCGGACCUCGCAUUUUGUUUUCGCAAAACCAUCCUUCCACUGGCUGGAACCCGAAGGCCAACCAUCAUAAUCGGCCACAGCCUGGGAGGACUCGUCGUUAAGCAAGCCAUAAAUUCCUUAGCUGGCUCAGAGAACGAGGCAGAUAAGGCUCUCUUUCGGGCCAUGCGUGGUUUUGCCUUUUUUGGGGUUCCCCACCAGGGCAUGGAUGUUCGCUCGCUCCUUGCCAUGGCUGGAAAUGGCCCAAGUCGUCGCCUGAUCCAAUCCCUUGCAUAUGGCAGGUCUCAGAUCCUCGAAGGUAUGGCUGAGCAAUUUUACAAGGUUUUGGGUAAAAACACCGAAGUCGAAAUAUUUUCCUUCUAUGAGACGAAAUCGGGGCCCACUGCACAGAUGAACGGAGAAGGGAAAUGGGCUAUGGUCGGACCGGAUGCGAUUCUUGUACCGAAGCACUCAGCGACGCAUGGCCGCCCAUCGACGAAUGGCGUGGAUCAUCACUGGCCCCUCCAUCGCACGCACUCUGACCUCGUCAAGUUCAGUGCUCUCGAUAGGGACUAUACGAAUGUCUGCAGGGAACUCAAAGGCCUUGUUCAACGUUCCCUGGAAGCACAACGACGGGUUCCAUCUUCUACUCAGUUCCUCGUCCCAUACAGCCAGAAUAGCCGGUACGUGGAGAGAAGCACGAUUCUAGAGGCCCUCAGGAUUCAGCUUGGCUUCUCUGAACAAAGUGGAACCAAGCAGCCCCUGCGAGCAGCUCUCUAUGGCCUUGGCGGUGUUGGCAAAACUCAAAUCGCUCUCGCUCUUGUUUACUGGCUACGUGAUAUCCAUCCAGAUGUACCGAUAUUCUGGGUCCAUGCUAGCAGUGCAGGGCGGUUCCAUCAAUCCUAUGCCUUGAUCGCCAAGAGCCUUGAAAUCCCUGGGCACGAUGACCCCGAAACUGAUAUAUUGCUGCUCGUUAAAAACUGGCUGCAGACAAAACUCACCGGCCGGUGGGUGAUGGUGAUUGACAGUGCGGAUGACGCGGAACUCUUUACUUGGCAGCAAGCGGAGCUCAAUGCUUCCGGUGAAGCAGACGAAGUAGAACAAACCUUGGCACGCUUCAUCCCCGAUUGUGCGCAGGGGUCGAUUUUGAUUACCUCUCAGAACAAGAAAGCAGCGCAGGCACUGACAUUGGCAAACCCUAUUAUCGAGGUACAGAAUAUGUCUGAUGAGGAGGCGCAUCGACUUAUUUGUACAAUUAUCGGGGGUACUCAAAUUUCCCGGGAUGAGGCACUGCUACUGGCUUCACGACUAGAGCACCUGCCGCUGGCUAUUGCACAGGCAGCGUUCUAUAUCACAGGGAACAGCAUCUCAAUCAAGGACUAUGUCAAGCUUCUAGACGAUUGCGACUCUGAGAUGGUCAACCUCUUGAGCAAACCCUUUGAGACUGUCGGGAGGGACUCGGAAACACCACGCGCCGUCACUGCAACAUGGAUAAUAUCCUUUGAGCUAGUUAAAAAGCGAGAUGCCUUGGCAGCUCGAUUUUUAUCAUUUCUCAGUUUCUUUGACCAUCGAACUAUUCCUCGCGAUUUUGUUAUACAUUUUCAAGAUCAGACACUCCCAGAGGAUGCCAAGAGUGGUUAUGCAUCAGACGUUACGACGGCUUUGGGGACUCUGAUGGCAUUUUCUUUCGUCUCCGAACACCAAUCCAAAAAUUUGGAUAUGCAUCGAUUGGUACACUUGGUCACUCGGAAGUGGGUAGCCAACCAGAACCAGGUUGCCGAAUUCGAGGAGCAUGCACUAGACACCAUGUGCCACUUCUUUCCACAUGGCUCUUUUGAGACUAGAGAGGUUUGCAUGGAGUAUCUUCCACACGUGCAUGCGGUACUGCAACAUCAAAGCACACGCUCGGACGACGGAUUGUUGGCAAGAUCACUUCUUUUACAUCGCAUGGCCGGUCAUUUCAACUAUCAAGGUCAAUGGAAAGAAGCAGAAAAACGACUACUUGAAUCUAUCAGUAUUGAGGAAAACUUGAUCCAGAGUCCACCUCGUAACACGCUUGCGAGCAAAAGCAACCUCGCGAUGACAUACUUUCACCUUGGGAACUGGAACAGGGCCGAGGAAAUCAUCGUAUCCGUCCUAGAGACACAAAUGACACUUGGCGAGGAGAUAACCCAUAUUCUGUCCACUAUGACGGAUCUGGCAGCGAUCCUCUGGGCACAAGGUCGUUUCACUGAGGCCGAAGAUCAAGAAACCCAAGCAAUCCAAAUCGCCACGAAUGUUCUUUCUGAGACUGAUAGUAACUUGUUAACUCUCAAAUCUCAUCUUGCCUCAACCUAUGUGUCACAAGGUCGAUUCGAAGCCGCGAAGAAUCUGUUUAUAGAAGUCCUGGAAAAGAACCAACUGGUUGAAGAUCACCCUGAGACAUUGAUUGAUACGGCCAACCUUGCAUCUGUACUACGGGAUCAGGGCAACUUUAAGGAUGCAGAGAAGUUGGAAACACGUGUACUGGAAAUUAGGUCAAGAGUCCAGGGCGACGAACACCCGGAUACGUUGUCUUCGAUGGCUGGUCUCGCCGCCACAUUCUCAGAACAAGGUCGAUAUUUCGAGGCUCAUGAUUUACAGCAAAGUGUACUCCGUGCAAGAGAAUCAAGCCUUGGUGAAGAGCAUCCCGAUACCCUUGAGAUCAUGGAUAAUCUGGCAACUACUCUGUCUGAACUAGGAAACUGGAAGGACGCAGAGGCUCUUCAAAUCAGAGCGGUGGAAAUUGGCACCAGGGAGCUUCCACAGGAUCACCCUCAACUCCUCGUCUACAUGGCAGGCCUUGCUGUCAUAUACCAUCACCAGAACCGCUCAGAUGAUGCGGUAAAGCUGUUGGAUCAAGUUUUACAAGCUCAGAUAAGCACGCUUGGGGAGAAGCAUCCUGCCACACUGAACAGUAUGGAUACUCUUGGCGGCAUGUUAGUGGACGGCGAGGAUAUUGCAGAGGCACUAAACUUAUGCUCACGAGCAGCUGAGUUGAGUCCAGAAAUGUUGGGGCAUGAACACCAUACAACUUUGGUGCGAAGGUUCAAUCUUUCGAUCAUAUUGAAGAAAUACAAGGUUAUAUGCCAGGGGAAUGAAGCUGAGGAAAUUCAGGGCCGGAUAGAAAAGCUACAGCUUGACGUGGUGGAAAAGAGUAAGGCGACGCUUGGGGAUGACCACCCCGACACUCUAUCGCGCAUGUCGAAAUACGCCGACACGUUACGCGAACAAGGUCGGUUUGAAGAAGCCGGGCUAUUACGGAUGCAAAUUUGGGAAACAACACGGGCCAAGCUGGGUGAUUUCCAUUGGGUCACAAUGAUCUGCAUGUCAAGCCUUUUGGAUAAUUGGACUGUUCAAGGUCAACGAGAUGAGGCAACUUCUUUUCUGCAGGACGCAAUUGUGCGUAGUCAACAUUGUAACGGGCCAGAUGCACCGAUUACAAAAUCAUUGCAGGUGACUCUGGAAAAGUUGCUGGAGCAAGAACGACCGGCAACAAAGGCACAUCUUUCAAACGAUGGGGAACAGGUGAAUAAUGGGUCCGGGGAAGUGGCAGCUGCACCAACAGUGGCAGAACUUGGGACAGCUGAGUCAACGAGGGGGGUUAUCAGGCGGAAUGCCAGCCGCAGCAUAUCGAGCGACGAGCCGCCACGGAAGAUCAGCAAACGAGGUGCGAUGUGACAAAGGCUGUUGAUUAUUGUGGUGUGCCAAUGAUCAUUGGCCCUAGGGAUACUGUGAAUCUUGGAGGCUUUGAUGUUGCCGGGAAAGAGUCAUACAGGGCACUACCUUCAACAGGAAGUUCCAUCUGCGUUUGGGUUAUUAGUUCAACAUAAUUAGUAAGUUAUGGGACUUGACGGGGCGAGGGAUUGGGUACAGCGGGAUGGAUUGUUCAUCUUCGUUAGCAAGCACUAUCAUCAUUUUGUUCAAUCAUUGGUAUUUUGGCCCAAACUGGUAGCAUCCUUUAUUGAAUUGUUUGAUCAAGCGGCACUAAGCGUAGUA